CAGGGAGAGGUUCUGCAAACGGAAGGGGAUGAACAGGAAGAGCAAGGGCCGUGCACACAGAGGAGGGGGGGGAAACUGCAGCCUGUGUGGAUUUUUCUAAAUGUAUUUAUGCACCUCGUCUCCGUUCCGCCUAUGUUAAUGAUUUGUGUUAGCUAUGUAAAUGUCCCUUUAGUUUAUUGGCGCCACCGUCAGCUCUUCCUUCUACCUCAACAGUAAGCGUAUUAUCAAGCUAUCUUGACUGGAUCCAGCCUGCCACUGAACUUCCCGUCACUGAGAAGAACGCAGACGGAGAGAUCGAGCAGCUGAAUAGGGAAUAUAGGGGUGUCAAUGAGAAUACAGGUCAAUCUACACGAAGACCAGACGGGUAGACAAAUCGAUAUCAUUGUCUUCUUUUAGUCGACGAGACGGGUCUCGACUGGCUUGCUUACCAACCUGCGUUGUAUUCCUUGCUGAGCACCUAGCUGCAGUUUGCCCCACUGUCGUCGAGGCUCGAUACAACCACUGGUGGGGGGGUUUAAUGGGAUCCUUGUUUCAAUAGAACUCCCUUCUCCCACCCCCCGACGGACCUUCGCUCGAAUCCGACUCGGGCGCUGUCUUCCCCGGGGGGUGCCGGUUUUUGCUCAGUCUGACUGGGGAAGGAGGGCGCCCCCCCCCACCCCCCAGCAUUGACUGUCGCUCUGGCCGACCCCAGUGGAGCCUAAUAUGGCAGGAAAUCUGAAGAAAGGCGGAGGACUGAUCGGGAUGAUGAAGGACGCGUUUCAGCCCCAUCACCACCUCCAUUCCCAUCACCAACCUGGGGCCGUGGACAAAAAGACGGUGGAGAAAUGCUGGAAACUAAUGGACAAGGUGGUGCGACUGUGCCAGAACCCCAAGCUGGCCCUGAAGAACAGCCCACCUUACAUCCUGGACCUGUUGCCAGACACCUACCAGCACCUUCGCACCAUCUUGUCCCGCUACGAGGGAAAGAUGGAGACGCUCGGCGACAACGAGUAUUUCCGCGUCUUCAUGGAGAACCUGACCAAGAAGACCAAGCAGACCAUCAGCCUUUUCAAGGAGGGAAAGGAGCGCAUGUACGAGGAGAACUCGCAGCCCAGACGGAACCUGACCAAGUUGUCGCUGAUCUUCAGUCACAUGCUGGCCGAGCUCAAAGCCAUCUUCCCCAACGGCCUGUUCCAGGGGGAUAACUUCAGGAUCACCAAGGCUGACGCCGCCGAGUUCUGGAGAAGAUCGUUUGGGGACAAGACUAUAGUGCCUUGGAAGGUGUUCCGGCAGGCACUGCACGAGUUCCACCCCAUCAGCUCGGGCCUGGAAGCCAUGGCCCUCAAGUCCACCAUCGACCUCGCCUGCAACGACUACAUCUCCGUCUUCGAGUUUGAUAUCUUCACCAGGCUCUUCCAGCCUUGGUCAUCUCUGCUGAGGAACUGGAACAGCCUGGCGGUGACUCACCCGGGCUACAUGGCCUUCCUCACCUAUGAUGAGGUCAAGGCCCGGCUGCAGAAGUUCAUCCACAAACCUGGCAGCUACAUCUUCAGGCUGAGCUGCACGCGGCUGGGCCAGUGGGCCAUCGGCUACGUCACUGCAGAUGGGAACAUCCUGCAGACCAUCCCCCACAACAAGCCCCUCUUCCAGGCCCUCAUCGACGGCUUCCGGGAAGGAUUCUACCUGUUCCCCGACGGGCGCACCCAGAACCCAGACCUCACAGGACUGUGUGAGCCCUCGCCACAAGACCAUAUUAAAGUCACACAGGAGCAAUAUGAGCUGUACUGUGAGAUGGGCUCCACCUUCCAGCUGUGUAAAAUCUGUGCGGAGAACGACAAGGACGUGAAGAUCGAGCCCUGCGGUCACCUCAUGUGUACCUCCUGUCUCACCGCCUGGCAGGAGUCGGAGGGUCAGGGCUGCCCGUUCUGCCGCUGUGAGAUCAAGGGCACGGAGCCCAUCGUGGUUGACCCCUUUGACCCCAAGGACCCCAUAGGCGGCUCCUGUAGGGGCUUGUUCGGGGCAGAGGGCGCCCCCUCGCCCAGCUACGACGAUGACGACGACGACCGGCUGGACGACCCCCACCUCAUGAUGAGCAAGCUGGCCUGUUCCAAGGUGGAGCGUCCCCCCUCGCCCAUGUCCCUGGCGCCCCAGUCCUCCCUGCCCCCCGUGCCCCCACGCCUUGACCUCCUGCAGCACCGACCACCUAACCCCCCAGGAGCAUCCAGCCCAGGGGCCACAUCCAAGGCGUCCUCCCACCACAAGGACAAGCCUCUCCCCCUGCCCCCAGCCCUGAGGGACCUGCCACCCCCUCCUCCCCCAGACAGACCUCUCUCUGCCGGGCCUGACGGGUGGCUCGGCAGACGGCCCCUACCCUGCACCCCCCUGGGGGAGCCCAAGCUGCCCCCGGCCCCGCCCAACCGCAACCUGGCCGACUGGAACCCCAGGCCAGUGCCCAAGGCCCCCGGACAGCCACCCAGUGUGGGAGACACGCGGGGGGUCCGGGAGCUCUCCAACAGACACUCGCUCCCCCUGGCCCUACCCUCAGUGCUAGACGGAUGCACAGACGGACAGAGGAACAACAGCUCGCUCAGUCUGGACCAUCAGCUGGAGAAGGGAGCCCAGAGUUUUGGAGGCAUGGCGUCUGGCAGUCAGGCGUAUGACAACCCCAAAGUGAAGCCUUCAGUCUCGGCAAAUGCCAUCUAUGCUCUGUCAACAAGACCCCAUCCAGGUCUGAAACCAGUGGCUGGGGAGGAGGCCUACGAGAGUGACGAGGAGUCCGACUACAUGAUCCCCACCUCUCGGCCCGUCCUGGUCCCCAUGGCAGAGACCCCAGUCCCCAAACCCCCCCAGCCUACCUCUCUCAACUCAUGGCCCAUGCUGAAUGACCUGGAUGAAGGACCUCAAAUGUAUGAAGCCAUGUAUAACGUGCAGGUCCAGGCUCACCUGGCCAGAGACUCGGAUUACUCUGAGCUGCCCCCCUUGGCCAGUACCAAUUGUCCCAUCUGGGAGAUCCCCUGCCCGGUGCGGGAGCCCCCUGAGGAGGUAGAGGAGGAAAACGGCUACGACAUCCCCAAACCAGCGUUGCCCAUGGCCCCGGCCCGACGCGCCCUGUCCGAGCUGGGGGCCACUUCCAGCGCUGCCUUCAACCGUCUCUCCGUGGACAGCGAGCCCGGAGCAUCCGCCUCCUUCUCAGAUUCCAGCGACGCCCCAGAGCGGCCGCCCAAGCCCCUCCCCCGCCGCAUCAACUCCGAGCACCGGCCCAUACCUCCUGGAUUAGGCGGCGGUGGUGGCGGAGGAGGAGGUGGUGGAGGAGUAGCCAACCCCCAGAUCACCAGUGAGAUUGAGCAUCUCAUGAGGCAAGGCUACACCUACCAGGACAUCCAGAAAGCCCUGAUGAUUGCACAGAACAAUAUGGAGAUGGCCAAGAAUAUCCUGCGCGAGUUUGUCUCCAUUCCCUCCACGGCGCACAUUCUUACAUAGUACCUCCUCUGCUCCAGCCCUGCCCAGCUCAGCCCAAAGUCCAUCGCCUGCAGUACUAGCGCUUCAGCGCUAACUGGAGCCCCUGCCGUCUCCUGUCCGGCGCCCUCUCAAAACUAGCUCAUUCCGAGCCCUGCGCUUCACGCGCCUUUUCAAGAGUGACCGGACGCCUUUUGUAAUGUGCUGCAGGGCCACUCUCCAGAUCCCAUGGGGUGAAGUGAUGAUGAUGAUGAUGAUGGUGGCUCAUCGCACAACCGACGCUUCGACGGUUGUUUUCACGUCCUCUCGAGGCCUCUACCGAAAUGUAAUCGACACCCCCCCCCCCCCCCCCCCCCCAAAAACACAUAUGUGUGUCUAUCUAAGAAUUUAAUAUAUAACUAAAUAUAUAUUAAAUGUGUGUAAUGUAUACAUAUAUAUUUCCAAUGAGUUCCGCUUCGAAGGUCUGUUUUUAUUUCACGUCGUUGAUGUUUAAGGAUGGAUUGCAGAGGACAAAGAUGGUGGUUCUUUGGGAGAGAGCACCUUUGUUUCCUAGACUCACAGCAGAACAUUUGGCAACAUGUCAAAUAUGGCCUUUAUUAAUGCUUCGGUACUUCUUUGGGGGGAAAAUAAUGUGUGUGUGUGUGUGUGUGUGUGUGUGUGUGUGUGUGCCGGGCCAAUGACUUGGCUAGUAGUGUUGGGACGUGAUGGCUGACCUAGCUCACUGGUUGACCAUUUGACUUAAAACCCCGGUGAAAAGCAAAGCUGUGUUUGACUGUGUUGUUGUCUAUGUGCAUCAUUUUCUACGGUGGGUAGCAUGGUUUCCUACAUCUAACCACCCCUAAUCAUCUCGUCCAGUGAUACCGAUGCCCAGACUGGGAAGCCUGUGUUUUUUGUUUUUUUCAGUAAGACGGUUUUUAGAGGCAAGUCCGGGCUCUGCUGUCGGAGCCAAUCAAUCGAAGCCAUCUGGGAGGUCCCGGUUGGCCCAUGUCCCAAUCCCUCUUCUGUGCAAAACGAAUGUGGAAUUAAUAUAUUGCUCAGACGUUUUCGUUCUUCUUCCUCCUCAAAUGUAGUGCUCUCAAGCAAGAGUCUGAAUGGGAGAGGCAAAGUGUACGGAAAUGUAAUGGUGAGAGAAAAAAAAGGAUUGAUGGAUUCUCAUAAAGACCCAGUACCGGGGUCAAGAUUCUAUGAUACAUUGACAACAGCUUAGACGUGAGGAGAGCUUCGUCUGCGAUGUGCACCGAAGCUGUUCAGCGUCGUGAGAGAAAUGUGUCAUCGAUUACUUUAAUAAUAUAUUAUUAUUAUGAUCAUUGUUGUUAUUAUUAAUUCAGAAGUGCUUUACUGCUGCUACUAUUGUUAGUGCUAUACAAUUAAGCCUUAAAUGUACAUUUUGUGAAAUAUUGUUUAACCGCUCUUUUUUUUUUUAAAGUGACAGUAUCUCAUUUGUGUUCUUUAUUUGGUGAUGUAGCAUACUUGAAAAUACUUGGGGUUGUGCAAUUCAAGCCGACUUCAAUUGUUUCCCCAUAUUUAGGAAAGUGUUGGACCGGUUAGCCUUUAGAGGAAUUAUGAUGACAUCGUAAAUGGCACUGUCCCGCAGAUUGACCUAAAUGGUAGCAUCAGCAAAACAAACCAUGUGAUUGGUGAAGAGUAACAGUGUCAGAAAUCUGUAUUGUAGAUGCCUCCACUUUUAAUCUAGAUUAUAAUUGUGCGAGCUUUGUCAUUUUAAGGGUUGACUUAAUUGCACAGCUGCAACUAAGCCCAGUAGCUUAGUGAACAAGAACAUCUUGAGACGCACACCCAAUCUUAUUUAUUUCCGUAAACCUUUUCGGUCACACAGUGACAGGUUCUAAAGAGUGUAUGCCUUUCUUUUUCCUAUAGAGGUAUUACAACCAGUGUUUGGGUCAACGCAACAGCAGGGUUUGUGGACCAGUUGGGAGUGUGGGAAUUUUUCUCUCUGGUUUCCCCGAAUUUGUUAAAACACUCCCCUGUUGAAGGAGGACUAACACAUCUUUCCUCUGUAACUGGGGUUGAAAUGUUACUGAAACCUUCCCAGAAUUCCCAGGUUUCCCAGAAAUCCCAGUUGGAGGAUAAGAUAGCCUCCCUGCUCAUUACCUCCUGAUUCCAGGGAAAAUGUUGCAAUCCUAUCUGUUACUCAGAAAUACUGUUUUGUACCCUAACCAGACAAGAGACUUCACAUGGACUGUUCAGACUCGUCUUGACUCUCUAAUGAGUUGGCAACAAAUUGUUAAACUAAGCAAUGCACUCAUUGAAUUACAGCAGGUGCACCUCGUUCCUGUCUGUCUACGUGGUAGGUCUUCGUUCACUUUUGAGUUUUCCUGUGUUUUCAGAAUCAGUAGGGCCUUUGGAGUUUGAACGCAAUCCACAAACCUCUAUUUUUAGGGAGCCCAUACCGAUGAAUAAUCCACACGUAUUGAAUUUACGAAAGUAGCCUAUUACUAAAUUGUCAUUAAAACUUGCAUAUCAUUUUGUGCUGACUUCUAUUACAUUGUUGGUUCAAAUGUAAAAAAUAAAUAAAUAAAUAAAAAUGGCACUGGCUCA